AUGAGGUUCAACUACACCAAUUACCCGCCCUUCAAAGCCUACGGCGUGGAGGGUUGGUGGUUGGACAACCUCUUGAAGGCCGGCAAGCUUUCCCGCAAGGCGUACCUGAAAUUGGCAGCGCAAGUGACGGUGGGCUUUCAGAAGCGGCUCGCAGAUUGUAAGGCUGCUGAGCGCUACCUACACGAUGAAACGCUCCAGGACGCCAUCCGUGCCCAUGCGAAGGCGCUGGAGCCAGCAACCCUGCCCAUGAAGUCGUUUCCGGUGAUCGAGGCCUGGCGAAUGCCCAUGAUUUGUGUUUCCUGUAGAGCGCGCAACAUCAAACAACGCAGCAUGCACUGUGGCAUUUUGCUUCAGGAGUUUGUGGCCUGUCACGACGGGAGCUCUCGGUUUCGACGUCCAAUCUUGGCAAUUGUGGGAGGAACGCGAUUGGGCAAGUCCAUGCUUGCAGCCCACACGUUGCAGCAUACAGCCCAGCAACUUGGUCUCCCAGAGUACCUGGAGGUCGCUUUCGAGGAGUCUGAGCAGAUGGACCUGGCAGAGUUUGACCGCAGGAUUCAUGCCGGUGUCAUCUUGGACGGGGUUGGAGACGCUCUUUUCCUCAAGCGGCACCGUGAAGCCUUGCAAAGCCGUGCGAAGAUGGUCAAAGUCCGCGCGACCAAUGUGUACUCCUAUGCCUACUCGUUCUGUGGACGCGCAGUAGUCGCGACUUUUGACUUGUCCGCGCAGAACUUAGGUGAGCUUGAGAGUGACCAUUGGCUUUGCAACCGGGACAAUGACGGAGUUGUCGUGCUCCCUGUGGGGCUCAGCGUGCAUCCCACCCACUGCGUCCGAGUGUCCAAGCAGUCGCGUUUGCCUGCGCUGCAGAAACGGCACCGAAGUCAAAAGUGCGCGGCUAUUGCUUUGGAUGCCGCAGGGUGCUGCCCUGCGAGCGGGACGCCGGACCCUCCGACUGCGGGUAGGGGCAUCUCCACCUCUGUCCCCCGACGCGCUGUUUACAACAACAUUACAGAGGCCAUCGGCAAAACUCCCGUGAUCAAGGUGAACCGGCUGGCGCCCGCCGGCAUCAACCUUUACGUGAAGUGCGAGUACUUCAACCCGCUGAGCUCCGUGAAGGCCGAGCGUUCGAUCGGGGGCCCCAAGAUUUUCCGAAAGUGUACCUUUGUCGCCUUUGUGCCGCUGAUUCUAAGCAUCGCGAGGGCCCCGCGUGAUCGGCUUGCCAUUGCCAUCAUCGAGGACGCUGAGCAGCGGGGAGAGCUGAAGCCCGGUGGCACGGUUGUGGAGGCGACAAGUGGCAACACCGGCAUCGCACUGGCGAUGGUCUGUGCCCAGCGAGGGUACAAGUUCGUCUCGACCAUGGCGGCCUCCUUCUCGGUGGAGCGGCGGAAGGUGAUGCGGAUGCUGGGUGCGAAAGUCGUUGUGACGCCGGCACCGUUGGGUGGCACUGGCAUGGUGCUCAAAGCCGAGGAGUUGGCCGAGAAACACGGCUGGUAUCUGGCUCGGCAGUUCGAAAACGAGGCGAAUCCUGCCUACCACGCCAAGACAACUGGGCCCGAGAUCCUCGCGGACUUCGAGGGCAAGAGCUUGGACUACUGGGUGACAGGUUAUGGAACGGGCGGUACCUUCCAAGGAGCAGGCAAAGUGCUGAAGGAGGCACGUCCUGGCCUGAAGAUCAUCCUCUCGGAGCCCAAGGGCGCAGCAUUGAUCACCAGUGGCAUCAAGCAGGAGAGGAAGGAGGUUCUGGGAAAAUUCGGCGCACCGGCGAAGGGGCACCCGGCCUGGAAUCCUCAUCCUAUCCAGGGAUGGACACCGAACUUCAUCCCGAAAGUGACGGAGGAUGGUCUAGAGAUGAAGGUCCACGACGAGGUCCUGACCGUCGACCCGCAGGAGGCAGUUCAUGGUCACACCAUGCAACAAUGCCAUGAAGACCUCACACGCUUUGGCAAGGAUGGAAGGCAUCUUCUGCGGGACCUCUGGUGGAGCAACUGUGGCAACAGCACUGGAGGUUGCGGCAAAAGCGCGCGCUGCUCAGGGGACCACUUGCUCGAGUGGAAGGUCCUCCGAGGGUCUGUGCCUUGGGAGCUUCCACCGCUGAGUUGGGCCCAUUGCAUUUCGUCGCUCCUUCUGUCGCUGCACAUGCGAGGGCAGGGUAGGCGGUACCUGUCGACCCCUCUGUUCGGCGACAUCGAUGCAGAGAUGAACGAGGAAGAGAUGGAGCUCGCGAAGUCCACUCCCAGCGUGGCAGCCUCGGCGAGCCUUGCAAGCAACGUGUUUUCAGAAGGUGUCUUACAAAGACUUCGGGUUACGCCUGGAGCCUUCGCAAAGGCGGCUGUGGCCGCAGCUCUGGUGGCUGCGCUCCACGCGGCCCUGAGCUUCGCAGGCCCCGCCCGCACGAAUGCUGGCGCCGGGCCGUCCCUGCGAGGCACCGUCCGAGCCGAGACGAGCACAGUUUCUGAUGCCGCCGAGGGCCUGGGGCUCCCUCGGAGUCUGGCUGCCGUAGCGCUUGCCGGUGCAGUUGCCGUGCGUGCUCGCAAGUCUACAGCGCUGCGAGCCACUAGGGUGGAGUGGUUCAGGAAGGUGAAGCGCAUCAGUGGAGAUCGCGCUGUGUUCGACGUCUCCAUCCCGAAGCCGCUGGGCUUGGCGUUGGAGGCCUUCCCUGAUGGCCGAGGCGUGGGCAUCAGUUCUAUCACCCCGGAGAGCAAUGCGGACCAGCUCAACAGGAAGGUCUGCAUCACCGAGGAGGACAAUGGUAUGUGGGUCUUGGAGGGCGACAGAGUCAUUGGUAUCAACGGCACGGAGACCGUUGAUUCCACCGUCGAGGACAUCGCAAAGUUGGUAGGGGAGUCCGAGGGCGACUCGGUGACCUUGACGCUGGUGCGCAACACUCGAAACGGCCCCAUCAAGGUGGUGAUCAUGCCGGAAAAGAAGUUUGCGACUGUCCGCCGGAAUGCAAGGUUGUCCUCUGCUGUGGAGUUCGCCCUCGGCAGGGAGAUUAAGUACGGUUGCAUUGAUGGAUGGUGUGGCACCUGCUGGCACCGCGAGCGUACAACGGGGUGGCUUUUCAAGCCAUGCUCCGACAUGAUCACCUCAGAUUGGGACAAUGUCAUGCCCAUGGUGCUCUUUCCAAAGCCAGAGAAGGCCGGUGAUGCGACGCUUCUGCAGCCCCGCGGCGCCUGA